AGCGAGUGGUUGUGUAGCUUAAGAGCUCCUCGCAGCGUUACACCAUCUCAUUGGGAUUAAUUAGUAAAAAUUCUCCAUCACCAUUGUCAGGAAUACCAGUACAUUUAGCCAUAGCGAAAGCCCACUCGUCUCGGUGCAAGGGUUCCGUGCAAUAAUCAAAACCUUAGCCGGAAUUCAUCAUGAUUGCAUAAAUAUUCAGGCAUGGCACACGGGAUACAAGUGAAUGAUGACUGUACUGUGGUGGCGGUGACAAGAACCAAUCAACGACAGAACAACAACCCACAGAAAAUAAAAAACCCGGACGGACAUAUUCUUUGCAAGAUUUGUGGCGAUAAAGCAUCUGGUUACCAUUAUGGAGUAUUCUCAUGCGAGGGCUGUAAGGGUUUCUUCAGAAGGACCGUGAGACAAAACAUGGUAUACAAACCAUGUGAGAAUCCCAACGGAUGUUUGAUCAUGCGCAUUAGCAGAAAUCGAUGUCAGUACUGUCGAAUGAAAAAAUGUAUUUCUGCCGGGAUGUCACAUGAAGGCGUGCGGUUAGGCCGAUGCCCUAAAAAGGACAAGCCUUCAAAAACAAAGUUUUUCAAGUUGCCCCAAACGUCCCACGGGUCUGUUGACGUCGAUAAGCAAAUAAAAUCCGAACAGAUGGUACUAACGAUUCACGACGCCUUCAAGUCGGCAUUCAGGUCAUUUGAAAUAUACUGUGCACGAUUCAGCAACUCUAAUCAGAAUCCAACAACAGUUACAACAGAAUCAGCGGCAAAAGCUGUUUAUUCACGAUACUUGCCGGGAAUAGUGUUAUUCCAAACAGCAUUUGCGAAAGAGAUUCCACACUUCACACAGAUGACAUUAGCUAGCCAAAGACAUCUGAUUAAGUCUAGCAUUCUUGAAACAGCUGUGAUACAUGGUAGUCUAAAUGCUGACGUUUCCAAUGGUGAAUGGAUUGACAAUAAACUGCAGUUUGUGGUACCACAGCACUAUGACCUUGAAAUCGGAACACUGGGGCAUUUAUUCCAGGACAUGUACAAAACCGCCAAGAAGCUUCAGAAGCUCGAACUCAAUGAUGUGGAACAUUCCCUCCUUGCUGCUAUGUUGUUGUUUUGCUCAGAUCGACCUGGAGUAGAGAACAAGUACACAUUAGAGAGGAUGGAACAAGAAUUGUGUUUGUCUUUAAAGUGCCAGAUGCUGUUAAGCCAUGCAGAUGACUCCCUUGUGUUCCCAAAGACAAUUGAAGUGAUGACAGACCUCAGGUCGAUCACAACUAAAUUCUUAGAUGAAAUGUUAAACGCAAAGGUCGAAGUGGAAGAUACAUGACGUCAGAUUCAAAACAUUUUGUCCACUGGAGGUGUGUUUAUGAUGGUGUAUUUGAGGUUUCAUUUGUGUGUCCAUGAGUCUGCACGUUUGUGUUUGAAGGUGAGGGUGUAUAUGUUGGAGGGUGAGUGUGUAUGUGUGUCUUUGAGAGUGAGGGUGUACGUUUGUGUUUGAAGGCGAGGGUGUAUAUGUUGGAGGGUGAGGGGGUAUGUGUGUCUUUGAGAGUGAGGGUGUACGUUUGUGUUUGAAGGCGAGGGUGUGUGUUUGUAUUUGAGAGUGAGGGUGUAUAUGCGUCUUUGAAGAUGAAGGUGUCUUUGUAGGUGAGGGUAUGAUUUAUCGUUUUAUGACAUCUGCUUAUUGAAUAUUUAUAUCUAUAUUUAAACUUAUAUAUUUAUUCGGUGACCGCCUCAUAUUCCGAAGGUGCCAUGCUCGGAACAUCCUCUAGUCCGAAGGCCCGAAGGUCCUAUAGUCUGAAGGAAGACCACUCCGAAAAAUAUUUUCCUUUUUUUAAAUUAUUUGUCCUAUAACUUUAAUCAGAACACUUUACUGUAACUUAUCUUUUAGAUUACCGCGUAUUUUCUAAUGCAACAAUAAAUAAAAAGUGCUAGGUUCGAAAAAACUUUAAUUUUGUAGGACUGAACUGUAAAACAUCAUUAUCAGGUUGUACUUAAGGUAUCCAUGUUCAUAUACUAUAACAUGUUUAUUACUUCAAUGUUUCAAUAUUCACAAAUCUCUCUGUGGCUUAGGGAUAAACAGUGAUGAUAAUUGUGAUACUCUUUUAUUUAAUCUCGAUGGAGAGAUUUGAAAUAACAAUGAAAAGUGUGCUUGUGUAACCAUGGUAAAAUACUAGCCGCAAUAUACCGUUAAGCUAGAGAGAACUUCUCUUUAGCUCGAUUUGUUAAGCGUCAGACUAGUGCGUCAGUGGUCCCGGGUUCGAUUCCUAGAGGGGGCAUUGAAAUAUAAAAUGACCUCUGUUACACUUGGGUCCAAACAUACCUACAAUAUAUCUAUGUCUAGAGGAUAUUAUCACUGCCUAUUUAUUUAUGUCUUUUGAUUUUUCUUAUAUCAUAUACCUGAACUCAUUCUUUUACAUUCUUUCAGAAUAUGCAGGCUUUGGCAUUUGUUUCAGGGUGAAACUGUAGUAUGAAUGUGAUAUAUUGUAAAGCAGAAUCAAAAAUCGUUUACAAAAACAAAACAUAUAAACAGAAAAUGAUAGAAAGCGAUUAAUAAAUUUACAUAGUAUUUACUUUCUGAAAAAAACUCUCAUACAGAAAUGAAACAUAAAAUUUCAAAACGUGAAAAAGAUGAUUUACACUUUGACUGGUAGUUAUGUAUAUUUUGAGUCCCUAAUUAGACUCUUUAAAGGUUUCAUAAAUAGUUUAUGCUUUGCCUAUAUCUAUUGUAUACAUUACCUUAACUAGGUUCUUAAGAGCUCGACACUUUACAUUCGUCGUUCUUAAUAUAUAGUUAUUUAUGACACAAAUAAAACAAGUGUUAACUGUAACAUUACCCAUUACAUAAGACCCCUAACUACAUCUCCAGUCGUCAAUGAUGAUUAUCAUAGAAUUUAAACAUAUACGAAAGUCUGUGAGACAGGUCGGCGUACAACUUUAAAAGUUUUAACUAUAAACUGGUGCAUGAUACUGGCAGGGAACUCAGACGUACACCUAUAAAAUGAAACUUUCGAUUAAUUUCCUGAUCAGCCAUUUGUCCGAACUAAAAAUGAACAUAACUAUUGUGUUUCAGAUGUCUUAAUUAAUAUCUUUACCAAUUACCUCAAAAAUCGGUAUGUAAAUUUCAAUCAAUCAGCAACCUGUAUUUGGCAGCCACUUUGAUGACAAUAUCAUUUUAAGGACACCAUUUUAGAGAGUGUCCUACUGAUAUAAUUUUCUUCAAUUCUCAUCUCGAUUCGUUAUAUAGAAUAUGAAGAUAUAGAUGGAUAGGUGUUAACCAAUCAGGAACCAGUAAAUGGCGGCCAUCUUGUCAAAUCAGAAAACGGAAGUUGUUGGCGCCAUCAACAUCCUUCGAAGUUUAGUAAAGAUCCAAUUUACAGUGUUU